UUAAGUUUUUUAAACAGAUUCUAAGGCAGACGGAAAGAGGGAUGGCGAUGCUGCUGAUAGCCAAACGCCUUCCGCUCCGCUCCGCCGCUGCGGCAGCUGCCAUCGAAUCACGCUUCUUCCUCCGCCCAGCAGUUCCUUUAAUUCCCAUCCGCAAGUACCGAAGCGACCGCUCUCGCCACGACUUGCCCUUCUCUAAGUAUGAGCAACAGCGGCUGCCUAUCAACUGGGGUGUUCGCAUCGUGCGGGAAAAGGAGGUUUAUGUCGUGGAGAGGCUCGGGAAAUACCAUAGGACCCUAGACUCUGGGAUUCAUUUUCUUAUCCCGUUCGUCGACCGAAUCGCGGGUGUGCACUCCCUCAGGGAGAUGGUGAUCCCCAUUUCCUGCCAGUCCGCCAUCACCAGGGACUAUGUCAGUAUCCUCCUCGAUGGGGCUGUAUCUGUUAAGAUUAUCGAUCCGAUCCUUGCUUCCUAUCGCAUUAAGAACCCAAUAAAUACAUUAAUCCGGCUGGCAGAGGAGAUUAUGAUUAGUGAGCUGGGGAAGAUCACUUUUGACAAAAUGUUUGAAGAAAGGAAUGCUCUAAAUGAGAAAAUUAUGAGAGCAAUCAACGAGGCUACUUCUAAUUGGGGUCUUAAAUGUCUGCGUUAUGAAAUCCGGGACAUAUCUCCACCACCUGAAGUGAUGCAAGCUGGAAUAGAAAGCAGAAAACGUGCUCAAGUUCUUGAAUCUGAAGGAGAAGCUGAAGCAAUCCUUAUUACGGCUAAGGCAAUUGCUCAGAGUCUCGAGAUAUUGUCACAAACCAUCAAUGCUCAAGGUGGUGCAGAGGAAACAAGACAGAGAGUUCUUGAGCUAUGCGUCCAAGCAAUGGUUCACGCAGCAAUAAAGCAGGGACGUAUAAAACCAAAUUUUAAAAUAGUUCAUUGAAAUCCUGUUGCAUGUAAGAGUUUUUUAUUUACAUCACUUCAUCUCUUUGCAUAGGAAACUAGCCAUCAACUUCUGUGGAUUUUAGAAUUUCUUUCUCUAUUAUAUAUUUUGUUAUUGCAAUAUUCAA